UAGAAAAAGAAGAACCGAAACGCGUACCUAAAGAAAUGAUUAUUAAAGGAAUGACUGCCAACUGCACAGUGUCAAUGCAUUUUUGGAAUAAUAUACCAAAAAACAUAAGCAAACUUACUUUUACAGAUAGCAACAUAGAUCAAGAAGUGUUGGGUGAUUUGGGACUACACCUCAUGACAAACGAAUGUUUAAUCAAUGAACUAACAUUGGACGGUAUUGAUUUGUCAAAAAAAAAUUUCAUGUGUUGUUUACCACCUGUUACUAGAGUAAAGAAACUAUGGUUAAGGUUUUGCCGACUAGGCGACGCCGGAGUAGAUCGAAUUUCGGAAACCCUGCAGUGUCAAGGGGAUGAUUUUUGCGACAAGGGCGAAACUCGGACGUUGCAAUUACUCAACUUGGAUUGUAAUGGUAUCACGUGCGCUGGGGUUAAGACUCUGGCUCAAGUGUUACGGGCCAAUAGAACUUUGCGAAUUUUAUCGUUGGCCAAAAAUGCGAUAAAGGACGAAGGGGCACUGGCCUUGGUCAAUGUGUUAUCGAAAUUUGCUCUUACAGAAGACGAAUUGCGAUGGAAAAAUACUCGUGAACUUCGCAGGACUAGAAUCCUAGAAUGGACAUAUUAAGUCUAACAACACCAGAAAACCAUUUGGAUAACGUGCAACAUAACGUUUCUAAUCUUGAUAUUCAAGAUCAUAACAAAAUAUUUAGAACUUGUAUGUGUACUUACAGGUUAAAAUGAGGUUUGCAUAACAAAUUUUUUUAAUUUUAGCUGAAAAUUUGAAAGAAAAAGCAGAAAAUAUACUGGAAAAACAGACACAUCCGUACUUAACCGGAAAACUAUUAAAAAACGGGUCAGAUUUGACUUGUUUGGGCAAUUUUAAAAUAGUUUAUUUGAACAUUUCAUAUAAUCGUUUCAGUGAAAAUGUUAUCAAAGUUGUAGAACUAAUGAUUCAGUACCAACAAAAGAUAUGUUUGAGUGGAGAAGGAUUACUAGCAAUCAAAAUUGAGGGUUUUGAUAAAAAGCUAACAGAAAAUAUUUACAAAUUAAUGGAUGUUGUACAAAGAGAAAAAGGACG